AUGUUCAAUGUGGCAUUGGAUGAUGUUCGUGUUUUGGAACACGCUACUAUUAAGGUGCCAUAUGAAACAUUAAAUAAACGAUAUCGUCAUGCACAAAAACAAAUUGAUCGUGAUUCAGCUCAAUUACUUGCAUCCGUUGCUGAAUUGGAUCGAUCGACACAAUCUGCAACUACAAUUGAUUCUCUUAAACGAGUACUCGAACGAGCUAUGACACUUAAACGAAAAGCUCGUGAAUUACGUGAUGAUGAAAUUGAAUGUUUACAAGCUGUUAAACGACGUGUUGAUCAUCUUAAAGAAUAUGAUAGAAGUUCAUUAUCAAAAAUGGAAAUAUGGCGACGACAACGAUAUGAACGUAUUCUUGUUGAUUUUCUCUUUCGAACACGAUGUUUUGAAACUGCACAAGCACUUGCUAAAGCAACAGGAAUUGAGCACUUAGUUAAUUCCGAAAUUUAUUUGGCUGGACGUGAAAUUGAAGAAUCAUUAAUACGUCGUGAUGUAUCGAAAUGUCUAGCUUGGUUUAAUGAAAAUAAAACAAAAUUAAAAAAGAAUGGCAGUACACUUGAUUUUUGUAUACAUUUACAAGAAUUUAUUGAACUUGUUCGUAAUAAUCAACGUUCCGAAGCAAUAAUACAUGCAAGAAAAUAUUUAAAUGGUUCUAUACCAGAACAACAUUUAAAUGAAUUUCAAUCCGCUAUGGGUUUACUUGUUUUAUCACAACAAUCAAAAAAAGAAUUAAAUAAUGACUAUCAAAUAUUACUUGAUGAAAAUCGAUGGACAAAAUUAAUUGAACAAUUUCGUCUUGAUAUGUUUAAAUUAAAUCAAAUGGGACAACAAAGUAAAUUUACUGCUGUUUUACAAAGUGGUUUAUCAGCUUUAAAAACACCAACAUGUUUUGAUAAAGUUUCAUCUGUAAAAAAUCCUAAUUGUCCUGUAUGUAAUGUUCAUUUAAAAACCAUUGCUAAAGUUUUACCAUAUGCUCAUUGUUCUGUAUCAAAAUUAAUUUGUGCACAAUCACGCGAACCAAUUAAUGAAAGUAAUCCACCAUUAAUGUUACCAAAUGGUUAUGUUUAUGGUUCAAAAACUCUUCAAGCAAUGGCUGCUGUUAAUAAUGGUCAAGUUAUAUGUCCACGUACGAAAGAAACAUAUGAUUUAACACAAGCAGAAAAAGUGUACAUUAUGUAA